UCAUGGCUGAGGCAUGGUUGGCUGAGGCAAGAUUCUCCCAGGCAGCCCCACAAUGCUGGAGGAGUGUUUAAAGGGCAUGAAUAAACAGGCGGUACAUUUCGGGGACAAUGGGCGGCUGGUCUGCAGGCGGGGAGGGAUCUGUGGGCUCUGGAGCAGAGGCGCCCCAGCAGAGGCACCCGCUUGGCCAGGGGCCGGGGGCUUUUGUCCACUGCCUAAUGAGCUGGAAAAUACAAUUGCGCUUUCCGGCUGUGAAAAUCGCUUCGGGCCAGUGCAGCCACUUAGCUGCUGGGAGAGCCCAGAAUUGAUUUCCUUUGUCCGGAGGGCCCAGCACAUCCUUGCAGAGGCUGAGGGCAGCCUCUUCCCAGGAAGACCCCAAGUAGCUCAGACCUCAGAGGGACCCAACAUGGCCAGGACACCCAGGAAUGAGAAGGCUUCAAAGUAAAACAGCAAAUGCCUUUCUUCGGCCCCCUGCCCCAUUUUCCAGAGCACUCCUGCCUGUUGGGAUCAGAGUAACGUGCUCCUCCCCUUGUGGUUAGGGCUUCAGAGUGGCAGGCUUCCCAGGUGGCACAGGGACCCUGGACCAGGCUCCCUGCACCGCUGUGCCCCUGGGUGUGGGUGCUGUGCAAGGGGCCCAGGCGACCAGUCCCUUCCUGAGGAGACCAGCUGGGCCAGCCUGCCCAGGAGACCCCAGGAGAACCGUGGUCACCUGAGACUUGGCCCCUUGCUUGGCCAAACAUUGUCUUCGCUGCAGUAAGUGUCCCAGUACAGAAGAGCGUGUUGUUUUGGACAGACUGCAGAUAAGUUUCUUAGCCAUUUCUGAGAUACAGGCUCACGAACAUUUAAUAGAUUUCUGAGCCAUGCAGAAAGUGCCUGACAUUUGUGAUGGUUUUCUCCCAUCUUUCAGGCUGACCCAACACUCAGCUCCAGAUGUUUGCAAGGGCCAGGGCCUGUGGGUGACCAUGGUCUUGCUGGUGUUCUGUGAGGACUCUGCCAGCCAGGCUGGGUGUGGGGGGUGCUCAGGGCUUUGCCUCUCUCUGCUGCAGACUGGCUGGGUACUAGGACCACCAAAAGCAGUAGGCUCAGAUCUUCACAUAGAGUCCAGAGGGACCAUGGGUCAUUUCCUACUUGGCCUGGAAUCUGGAGCUGAGGCUCUGGUUCCAGAACCUCACACCUGUGGUUUCCAGGAGCCCAGAGGUGAAAGUGGUUUAAGGCAGGCCUGCAAAUCUCAGGGGAGGGAUCUCAGGACAACGAGGGGUGUUGAAGGGCCACAGCCCCAGCAGGCGGCCAGCAGGGUAAUACACGUGAGCAGCAGGGUAAUACACGUGAAGAGAGUGCCACCCCCAGAAUUCUACUGUGGAAGAGCCACAGCCCCUAGCCUGGGAACUAAGCUAUCCCCUUGCGAAUCCUCCUUACGGCUAGUACUCAACUCUCCAAAACCCAUGUGGCCUCAACUUUCAUUUCCUUCAAAGGUUCUGUUUCCUUCUUUCUCCCUCCCAAGGAAAGAGCUCUCCAUGAUAAGCAACAUCAGCCUGACAGUGGAGGACUGUGGGAGCCCCUGCAUGAAGCUGCCCACCCACCCGCUGGCCCAGGCCUGCGGUCAAGGCAACUGGCCAGCCCCUCCCGUUCAGACAGGUGGAAGGUUCUGGCUGCCGAGGCCUGUGGACACGAGUUGGAGUUGGAGUUGGAAAGGGUGCCCACAUCGCAUGCCCCCACCCACCCUGAGCUCCACUCCCUGCUUCACCCAGGACUGCAAUGCCUCUGUCCACCUGGCCUCCGGGAGCUCAGGGCUGGCCCAAGGCAGCCAGCUAUGCUGAGCACUGGUCACAGAGGGACUUGGGGCAGGUAGCAGGGGAGUUCUGGGGAGCCAGACUGGGAGUCGUCUAUGUGGCUCUAGUCCUGGCUCCUCUGAGGGGCUGUGCCAGCUGACUUGGUGUCUGAACCUUUCUGGGCCUCAGUUUCCUACUUGGUCUGCCCCCACAUAAGCUGAAGCAAACUUUCAAAGAAGUCCAUUUGUCAUGGUCAAUAAGGACCCUGCCUACUUCUUUCCAACCCACUUGGUCAGCCAGGCCCAGAGGCCAGAAACAGCAGCAGGUGGCCUCAGGGAGAAGAACCAGUAUUCUGGGUCCUGUUGCUCAGAGGGAAGGAAGGGUGUGGCCAUUGGGUUCAGCAGGCCACUGAGUCUGUGUUCUGUAGACAGAGGCCCUCUGCCCACAGAGAAGGUGACCCCCACCCUCCCAGCUGGCCCAACCUUGCAGCAGGAACCACUCCAGCCAGGAUGGGUGGGCUGCUCGUCCCUCUGAGCUGCUACUAUGGAGAAUUCUGGAGCUCGUAAUCCAUCCUAAUCCUGCAGGGCCUCAGAUCCCUGCUGGUGGGGAAGAAGGCCACACACAGUAGCCUCCAGCCAAUCCAAACCUGACCAUGGCCACAGGCCAGGGGAGUGGCCCCCUCCCAGCCGCCCUGAGCCCGUUGGGGCCCUAGGGGCCUGGGCCCAGGACCAGCGCACACAGGCAUCUAGAUGACAGGCAGGUGUGUCCCCAGCCCGGCCAAGGUCAUGCACAAAGGCAACAUCAACCAGCCUGGCUGAGGCCCGUGCCCUAAAGAAACUGAAGCUGGGCCCCCUCAGCCACCUUGGCUGGUGGGUCAGGACCACAUGGGAAAUAUUGGGACCUUCAGGGUUGUUCUGGCAUUUUCAUUCACACUGAACACAGAUCCUGCCUCGGGAAGUACAUGGAAAGUAGUAGUGUCUCCAAGAGGAUCGCUUCCGUUCCUGAGAAUGACCAAGCUGGGCAGCAAAGCAGUGUGAGAGCCAAAUAGGCCAGCCCCAGAAUGGGACAUCUCACCACCCCAGCCCAUGGCCGGUCAAAAGGAAGGCGUUGGGCCACAUGGGCCCUGUCCGCCCUUCACAGGGCCAGUGGACAAGCCUUAACCUCUCCAGGGAAAGAGGAAAUGAGGGGCAGCCAGUCACAGCAGUGCACUCCUACCCUGGGGGAAUGUUAGGGCUGGGAACCGCAUCCCCAGCAGCCCUCAAGCCACCAGGGCAAAUGAGACCUGAGAGGGAUGUGGGUGAUGCAGUCAGGGAAACCCCAAGGGUGACACCGAGCAGAGACUCUAAUGCCAGGAGUGUCGUGGCAACAGCGGCAAGUCCGAGGCCAGGGGGAAACAGGGUCACAGGGUCAUGAGAACCACAAACAGGACUUUGAGUUUUGUUCUAAAUAUGCAGUGAGGAUGCAGAGUUGGGCAUGAGGCUUCCAACGGGCGCUUGGAGCUCCAGUCCAUGAUCAGCAGCUGUUCUGGUGACCUGUUGCUGCCUAACAGAUCACUCCAUGUACAGGCAGCUCGUGUGGCCUGGGGGACGCUGAGGCCUGACGCACCUUGGGAGAUGGGCAGCCGCAGUCAGCUCAGCAGGGACGCAGGGGCCCACUAAGGGUCUGACAGGAGCCUGCGGACUCCUCUUCUUGAUCAAAGACCAUAGGCAGUAGGAUUGUUAUGUUUGAAACAAUCUAAGAUAGAGGGCAAUCAACAAAUUUAAUCGGCCUCAAGGUCCGUUUAAGACUGAACAGCUGAGCCAACAUCCUGACAUUUUGGCAGCCGGUCUGACCGCUGAACUUCCUCCCCAGUCCUGAGGAGGGGGUGCUGGGCAGGUACCUGGGCCCUGGCUGCAAUCAGGAUGGGUCUGUGGUCCCACACACUGUGGUGCUCCCAGACCCCAGAUAAGAUGGGGUGACAGGACAUAGUGGGGGAGCUCACUGCUGGGCCAGCAUGGAGGGAAGCUCCUGCCUGUGUGGAGUUUAGGCUGGGGUGGCCACCCAACAUCCAGACCCAGCUCGUGUGUGUGGCCCCUGUGCAGCUGGCAGAGCCACCGUGUGCUGGACCGACCUUGGCCUGGGUCUUGUCUGGGAUCCAGGAUCUAGACUGUCCUCCACUCCUUUGCCUCCAAGCCUGAUCCAGGGUCCCACUCUGUGUGCCCGCUAAGCUGUCAUCCCUGGGCCAAGUCACUGGACCGUCUCUGGAGCUCGCAGAAAACCCAGGAGGCGCCUGUCCAACCCAGAGCUGGCAGUGAGGAGCCCCAGAUGCCCGGCAGCUGUACAGGUGGAGGCCCGACUCCCUGUGCCCCAAGGGGCGGGGGGGGCAGGGGUAGGACCUCAGCCAAGGUUCGCAGAGGGGCUGAGGCAAAAGCUGAGGACACGCCAGGCCUGAAAGUUCCGGGACUGAGGCUCUUGCUGUGUUACCCAGGAUGGCAUGUCCCCCUCACCCUGCCAGGGCUGGGCUGCGUGGUCUGCCGCUCCACAUGGCCCAGGAGGACAAUGCUUCCCAAGCUUCUGCAGUGAAGUGCGUGGAGCCCCGGGAAGCAGUCUGGUCCGCGCUCCCCCAGCAUCCACAGGGCUGUGGAGGGCAGGCCACCUGACAAGGGUGGGGUGGGCAUGGAGGAGGGCAGAGAGCCUGCCUGGGGGUCAGGCUGCAGCGGGGUCCCAGAUCCUGGGAGGCGAGCACUCGCAGGUUCCCUCCCCGGGGCCUGUCCCUUCGGUGAGGGGCAUUUAAAUUGCCUGGCUCUGCCCCCAGAAGCCCGCCAGGCCAGCCCUCCUGCCCCUCUUCUGCCUGCGGUGCGUGAGCUGGCGUCUUCCCCGCCCGCAGGCGCAGGAGGCGUCGCAGAAGAGCGCUCAGCCCUCCGGGCCUGCAGCACAGCCGGACAACCAGGCUCCCUGCUUCAGCGACCGCGUGGCCACGGGGCUCCCACGUCUCACAUCUCCUGUGGCUCUGCAACAGGCAGUUCUGGCUUCGGCCACACCGGGGUGGUGGCGCUGGAGCCUCGCCGGCGGGGUCGGGCCCUGGGUCCAGAGGCGCCUCUAGCAGCGCCCGGCCUCCAGUCUCCCAGGGAGCGCCGGAACCCGCCGCCCUCGGCUCCCCGGCGGAGCGCGCGGCCAGAAGCGCUGGAGAGGCCGCGUCUCGGCGGGCACCGGCGUCCGGCUCCGCCGCCGCGGCGUGGCCACACUCGGGCGCAGGCCGCCCUGCCAGGACUGUUGGCCUCGCGGCCCGCGCCCGCGGCCCCUUUGUCAUGCACAUGAGGGCGCCGAGGCUGAGAAAGGGCCCCCUUCACACGCUGGUCGCCGAUGAAGACACUUUUCUUUCCCCGUCUGCGGGCUUGGCACAUGCCUGCUGUUUCCAAGUGGCCUCUCACGGAAAGGGCCCGGUCCCCAUUCUUUGUCCCCCUAGGUGCCCGGCUGACAGCCCCUGGCAGCUGCUGCGCUUUCAAAGGCGCUAUAGAACGUCUCUGCAGGUGGAGCAAGACCAGGCCGCCCUGCUGUGGACAGCAGCCAGUGUCAUCAGCUGCUCCAGCUGCAUGGGGACUCAGCCUCAGCGGGCAGUCUGAGCUGCAGGCCUGCAUAGCCCUGGAGCCAGGUGCCCUCUGAGGAGCCAGGUGGGCACGGCAUGGCUCUGACCUCAGUGGUGGCGGUCCUGGUCUCGGGGCCUGCUGGGCAGUGACCCUGAGGGCUGCUCCAGACUUGCUCUUGCUCUGAGUUCCUGUGCUGCUGUGUACCUGAGUGUCCAGCUACCGGUCUGGCUGGGCUGGGCAGCUGAGGUGUCUCAAGAGCCCUGCCUCUGACGGACAGUCAGAUUAAAAGGACACAGACAGAGCACCUGGGCUGGAAAACAAUCCAGGGGUCAAACAGGAAGAAAGGAACAUCAUGUGUCUGCAUAAAUUAGCAAAUUACAGCUCGGAUCACGUGAGUGGCUGCUGCCUUCAGGGGCCUUUUGGCAGCUGCCCCUUGGAGACCAGUUCGCAGGGACAUAAAGUUUCUGUGGUUCCCCAUCAGUUCCAACCAUGAGUGUGCACAAAACAGGCUCCAUGGCAGAAUUUCUGUCUUCUGUGUGAGCCAUUGUUCUUGGUUUGCAAGAAAGACAUCCUCUGGGAUCAGCCCUGAGCAGUGAGGGCCGGUGAGGAGCCCUGAGUGCCUGCUGCUUCCUGAACGCUGCCAGGCAGGUGGAAGCACCUGGCUGAGGUCACAGGAGCAAGCUGGAGACACCUGUCCUUUGACUCCUGAA